GUAGAGGCUUGCUAAGCGCACACAUCCUUUGCACAUCCUGCGCGCUGUGCCAUGGGCCGACAUGGCUGAGCGAAUCGUACAGCUGAAGGAAGAGGGCAACGGAGAAUUCAAAGCGAAGAAUACCAGGCGCGCCUUGGAGCUCUACUCCGAGGCCAUCGCCCUCUUCGAGUCGCCCGGCGGGGAGGUCGACCGCGGUGCCCAACACCGGCUACGGGCGGAAGUGCUGGGGAACCGCUGCCGGUGCUUCAUGUUGCUGGGAAGGUACGGGGAGGCCUUGGAGGAUGCCAAGCAGGCGACGUGUGUGGAUGCCAGCUACACCAAGGGCUUCUAUCGCUUGGCGUUGUGUCAAAAGGAGCUCUCCGACCUGGCCGGUGCUUGGGAAAGUGCCACCAAGGCGGCGGCCUUGGAUCCCGAGAGUGCGGAGAUCCGCGCCCUGCAAGAGACCAUCCACCAGCUGGAAGGUGGCGGCUGAAGAAGAGCAAUCCCAACGAGCAAGCUGAGGACUGAUAUCUCAAGCGCGAGAGAGGCUGGAAAAAGGC